UGUAGAUGAGAGAGGGAAGUAUAGUAGUUGUGAAUUAACGGCCAGAGUGUGGGCGAGGAUGCAGGUACAGAGUGCAGUGAUCAGUGUGUUCUCGCGCUGUGUGGAUGGUGGUGCGAGCACUUGUGACAGUCAGACCUGCCAGCCACCACCUGAGCACCGUACACACCGAGUGGUGUACCAUCCAUCGCUGUAACAUAACGAGUACGAGUGGAUGUCGAUUAUGGUGUCGUGGGCGUGUUCGCUGUGGGCGUGCGUGGUGGUGGGCGUGGUGGCUGGCGUGGGUGGUAGUGAGGAAGGCGUGGUGGAGGUGGUGGUGCAGCUGGAGGUGGACGGGAGGGAGGUGGAGGUGCUGGACCUGACGGAUGGAGACUCUGUGUUGGUCACCUUCCACCUUGGCGCCGCCCUUCCUCCCCCAGCACGAUACAUCCUCAUACAGGAGAUUAGUCCUGAUGCAUUUGGCCACGUGAAGGUGAAGCCAGAGCGGGUAGAUGUGUGGUAUGGAGAGACAGUGCUCCCAGUUGACGGGGGAGUGGCCGGGGAGCGCGGGCUGACGGUUGACGGUGGUCUGAUUGGCACCUUCAACCUGACGGGGACAUUCUUAGGUUUCACAAAGAUACAUUUCUCUGUGGUAACUGGCGAGGGUCGUACACUGUUUAAUAGUCAACAGUUCACAGUCAAGAUCCAGCGUCGGGAUAAGAAGCUGGACAAGAUCUUCACAGCGUUGGUUAUUACCAUGGUCUCCAUUGCCUACAUCAACAUGGGCUGCGCCAUUGACAUCAACAUAAUUAUAGAGUCGCUCAAGAAGCCCGUGGCGCCUGCUAUUGGUCUAGCAUCGCAGUACCUCUUUAUGCCCCUUGUGUCAUACGGCCUAGGGUACGCUCUCUUUCCCGAGUCAUCGGCGCUGUGGCUAGGAUUGUUCGUGGUGGGGUGCAGCCCCGGGGGAGGAAGCUCCAACCUCUGGACCUACCUGCUGGGGGGUUCUCUGGACCUCUCCGUCACCAUGACCGUCGUCUCCACCCUCGUCUCGUUCGUUGCUCUGCCCGCCUGGGUGUACGCUCUUGCCGCCACCAUCUUUGACGAAGGUAACUUUGAGAGACUGCCAUACGGGACGAUGGUGGGCAUGGUAGUGGGGCUCCUGGCACCAUGCAUGGUGGGUAUACUCAUCCGGCGAUACAUGCCCAAGACAGCCCACUUCCUCAAGAAGCUCCUCACGCCAAUUGCUGUCAUCUUCAUCCUCGUCUUCUCCACCUUUGGUGUCUACGUCAACUUGUACAUCUUCUACUACUUCACCUGGAAGGUGAUGUUGGCGGGGGUGGCGCUCCCGGGGCUCGGCUUCAUCUUCGGAGGACUGCUGGCUAAGAUGAUUGGUCGCCCCUGGCAGGAGGUCCUUGCCAUCAGCAUCGAGACGGGCAUUCAGAACUCUGGCCUCGCUAUUGGAGUCAUCAAAGUGGCUCUGGAGAAGUACUCGCCGCUGGGGGAUGUGACAGCAGUAGUGCCUGUAGGGGUGGCCACCUUCACGCCCCUUCCUCUCCUGCUGGCGCUCCUCAUCAAGAAGGUGUACGGCUGCUGCCACCACCACCCUCGCCCUCCCGGCCCACCGACUUGUGCCUCCACCGAUAACAAUGAUCUCAAGAUGACUCCAGCCACCUCACAGAUCACGCUUAGUAUAGAUCCUAGGUGACCUAGACACCCCAGCUAUGUACACAUCUAUGUGACUACAACCCACCAACACACAUCUAAAGUCACCUUCACCAAAUGCAUUACAUGUAGACCCCAGAGGUUACCUCACCAACCAUAAUACACAUCUUAAGUUACUUUACCAAUCACGUAACAUGCAGAAAUAAGAUACCACAAUUUUGGAGCAUAGAAAUCUUAAUUCAACUACUUAUAGAUCAUAAUUAACUACAGUUAUGCUACAUACGGAUCUUAGGUUAUGAGCCUCACACACCUAAUUAUACACAAUAAUUGUUCUGUGUCAAGCGAAACUCAAACUUAGAAUGGUGAUAGAAAUUGUAUUAAUUAUAUGUUUUAAUAAAUUA